AAACCCUAAAAAUAAACCAUAGAUCCUCAAUAAAAACCCCCUCUUCGCAGCUCAUAACUCAUUCCAUCGCAAAGCCUUCUUAGCCUCUCUUCUCUGUUCACUAUCGUUACUUCACAAAAGCUGUGCAGAGAUGGCAUUCCCUUCAAGAGGAGGAGGUCGUGGUGGUGGAGGGUUCAGAGGCGGCCGUGGUGAUGGAGGGAGAGGAGGAAGGGGCUUCGGAGGAGGAAGAAGCCCCGGAGGCCCCAGAGGUGGCGGCGGCUUUAAAGCCCGUGGGGGCGGUAGAGGUGAUGGAGGGAGAGGAAGGGGCAGAGGCGGAGGCGGCCGCGGUGGACGUGGUGGUGGAAUGAAGGGAGGGAGUAAAGUACUGGUUGAGCCUCAUAGACACGAGGGUGUGUUUGUUGCGAAGGGCAAAGAAGAUGUUCUUUGCACCAAGAAUUUGGUCCCUGGCGAAGCUGUGUACAAUGAGAAGAGGGUCUCUGUUCAGAUAGAAGAUGGAACCAAGGUUGAGUACAGGGUAUGGAACCCCUUCCGUUCAAAGUUGGCUGCUGCCAUUAUUGGUGGCGUUGAUGAAAUCUGGAUUAAACCUGGGGUUCGCGUUCUCUACCUUGGAGCUGCUUCAGGAACCACUGUCUCUCAUGUGUCUGACUUAGUUGGCCCUACUGGCGUGGUCUAUGCAGUGGAAUUUUCUCAUAGAAGUGGUAGGGACUUGGUCAACAUGGCAAAGAAGAGAACAAAUGUCAUACCUAUCAUUGAAGAUGCUAGACAUCCAGCCAAGUACAGAAUGUUGGUGGGCAUGGUGGAUGUGAUUUUUUCUGAUGUUGCUCAGCCUGAUCAGGCUAGGAUUUUAGCAUUGAAUGCUUCAUAUUUCCUGAAAGCUGGUGGCCAUUUUGUUAUAUCAAUCAAGGCAAACUGCAUAGAUUCAACUGUUCCCGCAGAGGCAGUAUUUGCCCAGGAAGUUAAGAAGCUGCAGGCAGACCAGUUCAAGCCCAGUGAGCAGGUCACUCUGGAACCUUUUGAACGUGACCAUGCUUGUGUUGUGGGUGCAUAUCGCGUGCCGAAGAAACAAAAAGCUGCUGCUUAGCCAAUAACUUUUACUUGCCUCGAGGAAGCUCAUGGGAAGGAAGGAGGCCAUAAAUCCUUGGGAAAUAAUCAGUCAACAUUACUUUUUGUCUUUUUUAUUUUGCUCGACUGGAAUAUUUAGAAAUUUGUAUUGUCAAACUUGAUUUUUAAUUAAUUAGUUUUAUUGUCGGCCA